AAUAAUAAUAAUAAUAAUAAUAAUGGCUUGUUUGUUUCGAAUCAUUCUUUUCUAAGAGCAUCUAGUCAAAUGAUUGAUGAAUGCAACUGUCACACUCUGUCAAAUCUCUCAGUUAUGUUAACAUCUAAGUCCAAUAAUACAAUUGAUGAAAAUUCUGACUAUAUCAGUGAAUCACUAUUAAACAAAACUUGUUUGGAUAUAUGUAAAAAACCGAUGGUAGAUCCUAUUGAAUUAGAAUCAGAUAAAGGCGACAACUUUGAUGGAAUUAUUGAUUUAUCAGUGAAACAAGGUGAUUCAUUUGCACGUUGUCUUUGUUCAUUAAUUGUUCUUCUGGUAUGUAUGCAAUUAGUUGUUGGAGUUGCAUCAACUGGUGUUGGAUUAUUUUUAACAUGGAAAGUUCCAGAGUUACAGCCAAUGGAAUGUGCAUAUUUUUCAGGCAUGCCUCUAAUCAUUUCUGGUCUUAUCGGGACUUUUAUAUGUUUUCGGCAUAGAUUUCCAUCAUUUUCACCACAGUUUAUCAAUAUUAUACAAGUUGUAUCUAGUAUAUUCUCAUUCAUAUGCUUCAUUAUAUGCCUUGUAACAAGUGUAUAUGCUGGACAGAAAGGUAGUUUAAUCGCUUCCUAUGAUAACACCUGUAGAAUUCCUCCUAUAUCACAUCGACAAAACACAGAAGAGAAUGAAAAUAAAACCAAGUCCAGUCAAACAAAGAAUGAUAACUUCACACUGAUAACCAAUUAUUCGAAUAUUCUCAAUUUUAUUGAACCAUGUUGUUAUGAGAUUUUAAAGAAUACAUGCCAGUGUUUUACUACACACGGAGAAUGUAUUGCAAGUUACAAUAAUCUACCAUGCAGAUUGUUAUUUUCAUCGAUUAAAGAUUAUAUUAUACUACAAUCAGCACUAAUGGCUGUUGGUUCUGGUGUCUCAUUAUGGUCAUGGUUAAUAUUAAUUGAAAAUAAGUUAAAAAAUCUUUUAAAAAAUAAAUAUGCUAGACUGAGUUUCUCAUCGACAAGAAGUUCAGUACCUGAAACAUCUAUCUCACCAAUGGAUGAAAGAACCAGUAGCAUAGAUUUGAUAGAGACAAUUGAUACAUUGAAUUAACCGGCAUUAAAGUUCACCUUUAAAACAAAUAGAAAUAAACAACAAAUUAUUCAUCAGUUGUAAAUACAUACAAUUAAUAAAUCAUUUAUAGUAAUAUUUUAUAAUUAUACAAGAAUUCAUUGAAAACUGUUUGUUAAAUCAUUGCAUAAUGAGUUCAUUAAUUUCAAUUUGUACAUUGCAUUACCUCUGAAAAAAUUAACAACACUAAGGAUAAAAAAUUUUCAAAACCUUAAUAGUCAACAUUAAUUAAGAUUCAAUCAUUUAGAUGGGGAGUUUUUCUUAAAUUUAAAAAAGUGUUACUGAAAACAAUGGCGGACAAAAAAGCAAACUAAAACAAAAUGUAUUAAUGUUUAACUUUUCAAUCAAUAUGAAAUAUCUUUGUAUAUUUGAAUUCUGGAUUAGUCUUUUUUUAUCUCUAAACUUAAC